GGCUGCGGUUCAGAAGUAGAAAAGGUGUCAGCUGUAAAUCGGUAGAUUGUCGGAGGUUCGAGCCAGGAACAGAUGGGGGGUCGAGUGUCUAUCCCAGAGGGCGUCCAUGUGGUGAUAGUGGGUGGAGGCUUCGGAGGCAUCGCUGCGGCCCACCAGCUGAAAUCUCAAGGAAUCGAUUUCACGCUGAUCGACAUGAGAGAUGCGUUUCAUCACAAUGUGGCGGCGCUCAGAGCGGCUCUGCUUCCAGGUUUUGCUAAGAGGACCUUCAUCCCUUACGCCGAGACGUUUGGACACAGUUUUGUCCAGGGCCGAGUGGAGCGAGUCGAUACCGACAAACAAAUGGUGAUCCUGCAGGGAGGGAAGGAAAUCUCGUACUCCCACCUCAUCCUGUGUACUGGGUCGGACGGACCGCUACCCGGGAGGUUCAACACGGAGGCGUCGUAUCAGACCUCCAUCCAGACCUACCAGGACUUGGUCACGCAGUUCCAGGCAGCAGACUCGGUGUUGGUCGUCGGAGGCGGUGCGACCGGUGUGGAGAUGGCUUCUGAGAUCAAGACGGAGUAUCCAGACAAGAAGGUGGUUCUGAUCCACUCCAGGAUCGCGCUGGCUGACACGGAGCUGCUGCCCAGCGUCAGACAGCAGGCCAAAGAGGUUCUGCUGGAGAAAGGAGUGGAGCUGCUGCUGGGACAGAAAGUGUCUAACCUGUCGGAGCUUCGGCUGAACGUGACCCAGAAGAACACGGAGGUGAAGACGGAUAAAGGAGAAACGCUGACCACGGAUCUGAUCGUCUGCUGCGCCGGACUGAAGAUCAACUCUGCAGCCUACGCCUCCAGCAUCCCUGACAGUCUGGCAGAAAAUGGAGCGCUGAAGGUGAACGAUCACCUGCAGGUUGAGGGCUUCGCCAACAUCUACGCUGUGGGUGACUGCGCCGAUGUCAAAGAACCAAAAUUGGCGUACCACGCCGGCCUCCACGCCGCCGUCGCCGUCACCAACAUCAUCAACAGCCUGAUCGGGAAGGAGUUGACGAUGUAUCGGACGGGUUACGUCACCAUGUUGCUAGCGAUGGGCCGAGAUGACGGCGUGGGUCAGUUUAAUGGAUACCGGUUGCCUCGUUGGCUUGUUGCCUUUGGAAAGAGUCGUGACCUGCUGCUGUGGAAGAGCUGGAGGGAAAUGCAGCAGAAACAACCCUAACGAACGACUGUUUUAAGGUCCCUGUGGGACGGUGUUGACUGUGCGAAUAGUCACUUUUUUCUGCUUAUUGUUUUUUUAAUCUUGCUGCAAUUUCUUUUAAUAAAGAUACUAACA